AGGCGUACAAUAAGUGGUUCAGAGAGAAUCGAGCAUAUACUAUAUUCAUAUUAUCGGGCUGUACUUACAUAAUUGCCACUCAAACAAAAUUGUUCCAAAAAUGUCAAAUUCAAGUAAAUUUGGGUUCACUCAUAUUUUUGCGGCUCUAUUUUUCCAUAUAAUUUGUAGUCAUUCAGCUGAAGCCCAAAUUUCUCUCCACCGCUCGAUUGACAGAAACUAUGACUCAUCUCUGCAACAGCGAGUCAGCAGGCGACUCUUAUCAUCCAGCAUCGUGACGCCAAUAUCACCGGAGCUGGAGCACGACCCGAUGGCGGCCACCGUAUUAGGUGGAAUUAACCGCAUCGGGAGAUCCACGGUCCAAGCGGCCGAGCUGCUCUCGCUCACAACGGACGUACAGCAAAAACGUCACUUAGUGAACCAAGGAGGCAACGUCGUCUUGAACCAGAACGAGCAGCCGCUGGUGCUUAACAGUCAAGUUAACACGAUCGAUCAAAAUAGUCCCUUCAGUCACAUUAGUCCUCAUAAUUUUCACAAUGACAAUCAAAACAAGCAGGUCAAUUUCAUCACCACACAGAGUGUCCCAAGCGGUAAUCACAAUAGAGUAAAUAAUUUAAAUCAUAAUACUGUCCUGAACAGUAAUCAAAUUAGGCCCAUAAAUGUAGUGCACCAACAAACUUUUCUUGACACAAACAGCCAGAACAGCCAAUCCAACGUCAUCAAUCAACAAAGUAAUACAAUCAGCAAUCCAAACAAGCAACUACAAAUUGUCAGGACGAUAACAACACCUGCAUCUAAUCGACAAACAAUAACAACUGUCACGAGUAAUAACAACAACCAGGCUCUCCUAACAUCAACAACCAAUAAUCAAAACAAUAUCCAGAAUCAACUGCCCUUAAUAUUAAACCAAUUUCAGAGUAACAAUAAUGGCUUCAAUAAUGCUAAUGCGCGAAACAACAUCCAACAUAACAAAGUAAGCGUCAUUCAGAGCGGUUCAGUCGUGCAGCAACACAAUCCAAUUAUAAAUAACGAGAAUGGCAAUAACGAUGGUAAACCUAGCUUUGUUCAACAACAAUUCAGCGCAGUCAAUCCUCAUGAUGGAAACAACAGGGACAAUAAUAAUAAAAAUGACAGAAAAGAAUCUGAUAACCGACAGUUAUUUUUGGCAAAUUCGUCUUCGAACUCAAAGUCCCCUUCAACGGCAGUCACAUCAGGACCGUGCGUAGCAGCCUUCAGUGUCCGGAAAGGCAUCGCGCAAGACACUGACAAAAGCAAGCCACGCAGGCUUACGUUCCAGGACGUUCUCACAAACACCGGCGGUUGGUCCAAGAAGCGCCAGCAGUUCGAAACGCCAUGCACGGGACUCUAUUUCUUCUCCUUCCACGCAAUAUCUGCCAAAGACUCGGAUUUCACAAUUGCGUUGAUGAAGGACGGACAUUUCCAAGUAACGGCGUACGGAGGCAAGGAUGGCUACCAGUGGGGUGCCAACUCUGUGCUACUCUUCCUCAACCCUGGCGAGAAUGUCUAUCUGGAGCUGCAGCAGGGGGAGAUCUACGAGCAUCCAUACGAAGAAGCAUAUACUACCUUCUCUGGCUUCCUUAUCAACAGUCUUUGAGAGGGUAUACUACUGAAGAUAUAGUUUGAAUAUGUGAAGGAUGACGCUCGGAGUUUAAUGUGGUAUUUAUAUGCGAGAGAAGCUCCAUGAUUUUCUGUUUAAUGUUUUUAAUCGAGGAUCCUGUGCAAAAUCGGUGCUGAUGCAUACAAAUUUUAAGUCAACAGUCAAUCAAUGACUUUGUUGUAAAAAUUGUAAAAAUUAUUAUUCAACUAUAGCGAAUGCAAAGAUAUGGGGUUAUGUUUUCUAUGUUCCCAUGCUCUAUUGUUUUUACAUUGUUGGAGGCGCUGUUCACUGUCUGUGAACCUUGUUCAAAGUUGUUGACUUUUCUGCUUCUGGUGGGAACCUCUUGAAUGCUUAAAACAUUCUGUGUUCGUUGCUUGACCAACGUGAACGGCCUCAAUGGCCUUGAUGUCCUUCCGUUAUUGAAGCGGUUAAGUCAGAAAGUUAGUAAGUCACUAAAAUUUUCAAUCAGAGUUACUAAUAUUUGCUAUUGGAUCUAGAGAGUUUUUAUAAUACAUGUGCCCUGCUGAAAAAUUCCUGGUGUUUUCGGACGUAUUUGUAAGCAGAUGUGAUGAAUGCAUGAGUGUAAAUUAAAGCACCUCUUGCAUGUC